AUGAAUGAAAAAGCUGUGGAGUAUACGGGUGUGUUGAAUGCUCGCCUAAACAAAGUCCAGCAAGAUUUUGAUCAGCAACUUAUCAGCAUUGAUCGGCUGGCCACGGAAAACACACAGAAGGCAACCGAGUUGAAGGCAAAGGAAGACGAGAUAAACGGGCUGAGACAGGAAACACUGCACCAAAGUGCAAUAGGAGAAGCCAUCCAGAGAAAGCUGAGAGCCAUCGAGGAUCAGAAGAUUGAGGCUGAACAACGAGAAGAAACUCUUAAAGGACAAGUUUCUGCCUUGAAAAAAGGUAAGUGGAAUGAUGGUAUGAAAAGGGAAUGUUCGUCUUUUUUAAAAACUAGGCAGAUCUCAGACAUAUCUGGCUUUCCCUUUUCUUCAGUUCUAGAGUAGCCCAACGAGGCAAAGUCACCUUAAUCGUGAUUUUGCGUGUAGAUUUAAGGGACUUACAAAUAUAGACAAGGUCAAUUACAAAUUGCAGCUUUUUCCAAGUGUUAUCCUGUUAAAUAAGUUAUCUUUGUUGUAUGAUUAGUACUAAGGUGAGCUGCAAUUUAUGCAACGGCAGGAAAGAAACUUUUCCAGUCUCCCAGACACUAGUUGUGUGUAACUACCGACUGAGCUACGAAGCCACACGCUGGGAGCAGGACACAUUUUAAAGGAUUCUUAUAAUAAUUAAUUUUAAGUGCAAUGUUGAAAAUAGAGAGUAAUUUAUGGGUGCGCAUUGAUAUGGAAUUUCUCUUCGAGUGUUCCAUAUCUAUAAUUAACUGUGUAAUAUAUAGAUUUAGCCAAGUCUAAAAGAGGAGCUCGCUUUUUUUUUCCCGUACGUCCCAAGGGUUCAACGCCUUGCGCCGGCCAGGACUAGAACCCAGGUCGUCCGACUCGGAACUCAGUGCACUGACCACUGGACUACUGGACAGAGCCGUGGCGGUGGAGUGCCCGCGGCACAGUUAACAACACAUCUUAAAAGUAGCACCUUGUACGGUCGUACCGUCGUGCGGUCGUACAUCCAAAUUCACGAUGAAAAAAUGCGUUGAAUUAUUACAAAAAAAAACAAUAAACAUACUUUUCACUUAAAAAAAAUUCUUAGUUAUUGACUUUGUCCUCACCGACAGAAGAAAUAUUUCACGUACAGUGCCAAAAUCGGCCAGUGGCAACUCUACCAGCUUGGCUCCAGCAGUCGAUUGUUGUUCUCAGCCGCGAGAAAUGCCAUUACCAAAGCCACUGAAUACGUAACUUUCGGUUUUUCUUUUCGCACUUUGGUUUUCUUCUCAUUCUAGAAAAGUUUGAACGUCUGUGUCUGUGAAUGAUACGGAUUUUUCAGUUUUUUAACAGCCAUAAUCCGAGAAAAUUUCGACAAAAGACCUUGGAUUGAGAAUGGUCAAGGCUUUAUUGUUCAUUCAUCAACCUAACAGAGUGACGAGAAAGGCGAGUGACGUGCUAGCAGCUGAUUGGCGAUAUCAAACACACGCGAAAAAAUAUCGUAUCUUUUCAAGUGUGUUGUUACGGCUUUUCUCAGGGCUGGAAAUCCUAGUAUAACACCAUAGUUUAUAUGAUAAAUUAUGUUAUUAUUCAUCGUGGUGAAUAACUUGAUAGGUGUUUAAUCGUUUGUCUUAUGAUAAAGAGUCAGGCAACCAAUUCAUAUUGAUAGCCUGACUCUAUAUCUUGAGAUAAACGAUAAAACAUCUAUCAAAUGUUUUAGUUCUUGUUAAAAGUUGAUGUAAUUACAAAUCAUGAUAAUUAGAUUGUUUGACAUAUUUAGAAAUUAAGAUUACUCAAAUGAGAUUUAACCUUUACAAUCUAUAGAAUUUCUCUGCCUUUAUCUUAAUCAGAACUUGAAUCAAGCAGGAAGCAGACUGAAGCAGAUAAAAAAGCCAUCGAUGAUCUUGUCUGUGCAAGGGACAUCCUUAACAAGGUACUUCAACCUUGUCAAUUUUACUCUUAA